UAUAGGGGGAAAUAAUAUACGAUGUCUUCCGUUUGUUUUAGCUAUGAAUUGAAAUAUGAUGUGUUUUUGAGUUUCAGAGGUUCUGAUACCCGCCAUGGCUUUACCGGUCACCUCUACAAAUCUCUCUGUGACAGAGGAAUCCACACCUUCAUUGAUGAUGAGGAGCUUCAAAGUGGGGAAGAAAUCACACCAUCACUUAUGAAGGCAAUUCAAGAGUCUAGGAUUGCCAUCCCAGUGUUCUCUAAGAACUAUGCCUGUUCCCCAUUUUGCUUAGAUGAACUUGUGCACAUCCUAGCAUGUGCUAAGGAAAAGGGUCAAUUGGUUUUGCCAGUUUUUUAUGACGUUGAACCUUCUCAUGUGCGUGAUUCAGCACCUAGGCCGAACUUGCAUUCUCCGUUGCGUGAGUUUGACACCAACCAUUAAAAUCCUAUGUCAUACUUACUCAACAAGAUCUCUUGUAGCUAAAGGCCAACCCAUUUGGUUGGCCUCGGAUGACCUUCAAUUCGACAUUGUGGAUGCCAUC